AUGACGUGCGCUGACAUGCUGCAGUACCACCCCGGGCCUGUGGGGGUGGACUCUGACAUGCUGCAGUACCACCCCGGGCCUGUGGGGGUGGACUCUGACAUGCUGCAGUACCACCCCGGGCCUGUGGGGGUGGACUCUGACAUGCUGCAGUACCACCCCGGGCCUGUGGGGGUGGACCCUGACAUGCUGCAGUACCACCCCGGGCCUGUGGGGGUGGACUCUGACAUGCUGCAGUACCACCCCGGGCCUGUGGGGGUGGACUCUGACAUGCUGCAGUACCACCCCGGGCCUGUGGGGGUGGACCCUGACAUGCUGCAGUACCACCCCGGGCCUGUGGGGGUGGACCCGGAAUAA